AGGUGGUACGGGUUUCUGUGCAAAUCGUUCGACGCAGCCCGCUGUUGCUCGAGUCAGGCCGAGAACGUCGUGUUACGUAAUCGAGUCUUAGUAGGGGCAUGAAGGAAUCUCGAUGAGUUUAAGGCGAGAUAUCUUCCUCUCUUGCGUCUUCCUCCCGAGUUUCUUCUUCGGGACGAGGAGCCAUGACGACGCGUUGCCUUAUGAUUCUAAUCCGAGGAUCGAGGUCCAGGAUGGCCACCUGAUGUUCCUCACGGCCAAAGACAAGAACAUCACCCUGAAGACGAAUGGGAUUCAGGGUCGCGUCAACGUCGAUGGGGAGGAUCUCGGAGCCUUCUUGGACAUGGCGAAGGUGACGAAGGCAGGGUUACACGAGGUGCAGCAGGCGCUCCAGGGCGCAUCCGGGAUCGGCAGGAGCAUCCGGCUCCUCACCGACCGCCUCGACGCCGUCGAGAACGCCACGAACUCCUUCAGCUCC